GACUCGGAGGACCGUCUUUGCCGACGCGUCCUCGUUUGUGCGUUUAUCGGCGCUUGGAAAAAUAACAGUCUUGUCGGUUCUCCUUGCGUCCAUAUACAACCAGGAGUACGGGGGAAAAAAAAAAAAAAAAGCACCGUCUCCCCGUGGGUCGGCCUUAGCUGCCUGCCCGCGUGCAGGGCCUGAUAUAAAACCGCGGUCAGGGUGAACAUGAAGCCGCCUGUCCGGCAGCCUCACUCGCCCUUUCGGAGCCGAUGACCGCCGCUUAGCUUGGCACCGACGACAGACGCCGCUGUGGAGAAUAUGGAAUGGUGCUUCAUGCUGGAGCAAGCUUACAGCCUGUAAAUCAUCCCGGAGUCAUGGACAGUCACCCGCUGUGUACUAGACUUUGUCCACACACUUUGGACAAAGAAGAUGGAGUAGAAAGGCAAGGUCCCGUCACUCUCAACCCUCGGCAUAUGAGGAAGGCCUUCAAAGUCAUGAACGAGCUGCGCAGCCAGAGCCUGUUGUGUGACGUGACCAUUGUGGCUGAGGAUGUAGAGAUCUCUGCUCACCGAGUGGUUCUGGCUGCCGGGAGCUCCUACUUCCAUGCCAUGUUCACCGGGGAGAUGGCAGAGAGCAGAGCCAAACGAGUGAGGAUAAAGGAGAUGGACGGUUGGACUCUGGGCCUGCUGAUAGACUACAUCUACACGGCAGAGAUCCAGGUCACAGAGGAUAAUGUGCAGGCGCUGCUGCCUGCAGCAGGACUGCUCCAGCUGACGGAGGUGAAAAAAGCUUGCUGUGAUUUCCUGAGCUCUCAGCUUCAUCCAUCCAACUGUCUGGGAAUACGAGCCUUUGCUGAUCUGCACGCCUGCUCUCAGCUCCUCACACAGGCCAACAGUUACGCAGAGCAACAUUUCACUGAGGUGGUUGGAAGUGAAGAGUUCCUCAACUUGGGCAUGGAGCAAGUUUCCAGCCUGAUCGCCAGCGACAAGCUCACCAUCCCCACAGAGGAGAAGGUUUUCGAAGCCGUGGUAGCUUGGGUCAAUCACGAUAAAGAUGUUCGCCAGGAACACUUGGCUCACCUGAUGGAACAUGUGCGCCUGCCGCUGCUGUCCAGAGAGUACCUGGUGCAGCGUGUGGAGGAGGAGUCACUGAUUAAGAAUAGCAGUGCGUGUAAAGACUACCUGAUCGAAGCUAUGAAGUACCAUCUGCUGCCCGCCGAUCAGAGAGCCCUGAUGAAGACGGCACGCACACGCGUAAGGACUCCAGCCUGCUGUCCAAAGGUCUUGGUUGUGGUUGGAGGCCAGGCGCCAAAGGCCAUCCGGAGUGUUGAAUGUUAUGAUUUUGAGGAGCAGAGAUGGUACCAGGUGGCUGAACUCCCCACCAGGCGGUGCAGAGCAGGAGUGGUUUACGUGGGCGGCUGUGUGUACGCAGUCGGCGGUUUCAACGGUUCUUUGCGUGUGCGGACAGUUGACUGCUACGACCCAAUGAUGGACCGCUGGACAAGCGUCAACAGCAUGCAGGACCGGAGAUCAACUCUAGGAGCUGCCGUGCUCAGUGGACUGCUGUAUGCUGUGGGAGGAUUUGAUGGCAGCACAGGUUUGUCUACAGUUGAGGCCUACAACUCCAAGACAGAUGAGUGGUUCCACGUGUUACCCAUGAGCACCCGACGCAGCAGUGUAGGAGUGGGUGUUGUAAAUGGAAUCCUAUACGCAGUUGGGGGUUAUGACGGGGCGACCAGACAGUGUUUGAGUACAGUGGAAGCUUACAACCCUAAAAGCAACACGUGGAGCUACAUUGCUGAAAUGGGCACGAGACGCAGUGGGGCAGGUGUGGGUGUCUUAAAAGGCCUCCUGUACGCUGUGGGUGGGCACGAUGGCCCGUUAGUCAGGAAGAGCUGUGAAGUUUAUGAUCCAGCCUCCAACAGCUGGCGACAGGUCGCCGACAUGAACAUGUGUCGACGUAACGCAGGUGUGUGUGCUGUAAAUAACUUGCUUUAUGUGGUGGGAGGCGAUGACGGCAGCUGCAACUUGGCCUCUGUUGAGUUCUACAAUCCGAACUUGGACAAGUGGACGCUGCUACCGACUUGCAUGAGCACAGGGCGCAGUUAUGCAGGUGUGACUGUAAUCGACAAGCCGUUAUGACUGUUCUGGAGGUGUGCCACUGAUUCUGAGCAGAAUGUGCUCUGCUAAAUACUGAUCUUGGAUCUGUCUGUGAUGCCAGUAAGCUGCUGUUGGGCAGCACUAGCACAGCCAUUGAAGAAGAUGAAGAAUACGUCAAGAUUGCGGACGAUUCUGAAGGUUUUUUUUUUGUUGUUGUUUUUUUUGCACUUUUUGAGCAGAGGAGACGUGACAGGGAUGGAGUCAUAUUUUAAUGCCCUCGUGGCAGGACCAAGUGGACUGAGCAGUUUGAAGCACCACUGCAGUGCCACUGAGAUGCUGCUGUUAUGAAGCUACUAGAACAGUAAACUUUAACCUCGGUAACGAUAACAUGAUCCAGCUCGGACUGGGCGGAAAUAAAUGGGAGAAGAAGGCAGAAAAGGAGCACUUAGGACACAACUUUUUCUUUCUCCUUUGAGCUGAUCAUCUGGAGGUGUGUGUGUGUGUGUGUGUGUGUGCGCGUGUGCGCGCGCACGCGUGCGUGCUCGCUUGCAUGAAUGGGUGCUGCCUUGAUUGCACAUGCGAGCAUGUGUGUGUCUGUGCACUGUUCUGCCCCCUCCAUGUGGUGGUGCCUGGUCUGAUUUUUGCAUGAACGCUUUCUGUCUGACCUCUGACCUUUCCUACGUUGCGGCGUAGAUGCCCAGAGUAGCUGAAUGUGGAACUAAGCCUGAUUUCUGCUCCUUUGUUGACUGACCAGAACACUGCUGUGCCUGGCUGCUGUUCUGAGAUUAUUAUUUGACAGUCGGACUGAGAGUGCUGACAAAGGCGUCUGUUUCGCCACAUGGCAUCAGUUCAGAAGAUCACCUGUGGAAGACGCUGAUGUACAUUUCACUGGAUCGCUAAUGUAAUGGAGAAAGUUCUUGUUGCCUAACUGUGACACACGUGGGGAGCAGCUAACUGACAAGUGGAUGUUUCGAUGCAUCACCGUCACCUGGCAGCCAUCUUUGCUGUGGUUAUAACCGCUCCUGGCACGUGACACAGCCUGAUCUCACUGCAUGGUCCCUCCCUUGGUGUAGCAUCCCUGAUACGACUGCACACCCUGACGUGUUGUGAAUGUGCCAAUUUUAAUGUCUGAAUAUUUCUGUCUCUCUUUAUCAAUGAUCUGUUUUCUCUUUCUGGAAAGUGACCAAACCUACUCUUGAUUUGUCUCGUCUCUUUCUCUUUCCUAUUAUCGACUGUUGCUAUAGUAACCAGUAUCGCCGUUUCUUGUCGGUGUAUUGAGGAAUGUAAUGUAGGCUAAUGACUUUGAGACGUUUCAUUACUUGUUUUAUAUUAUCAUUAAUAAAUAUGCUUCUUGUAUUUAAAGCUGUGAAAUGAUACAUGCUGUUUUUAAACCUUUGCCAAAUCAGUAAAACAUUGAAAUGGAA